GUCAAAGAGCUUGUUCUCGGCGGUGUCAAUGUCAACGCGACCGAUAAUAAAGGCUUAACGGCUCUCAAUCUGACUGCUCAAAACGGGAGUGCUGAGACCAUCUCGUUGCUCAUAUCUCACGGCGCAUCUAUUUCCGCAGCAGACAACAACGGCCUCACACCUCUCUACUAUUCUCUGGCCGGUUGUUUCGGACUCCGAAAAAUCCAGGCUCUCCUCUCCGCCGGCGCUGACCCGCUCUGCACCGGUCCAAAGGGUGAAACGGCUUUGCACCUCCUCGCCCCGUACAAAACAAACUACAUGGCGGGGUACACUGAGCUUUAUCACCGCUUCAUUGAUGGCGGAUGCGAUCCCAACGGUCGGGAUCGUGAAGGAAAUACUCCCCUC